UGAACUGCAUUGUGUGUAGAGGAAUAAGCAUUAGCUAUGCCGUCUGCAGUAGUCAGAUUGGUGGGUUUGUGUCAGAUCCCUAGUGUUCUUCCUACCUCGAAGAUCUCUGAGACUACAAAGUCAGUGCACAGUCUUUCAUGGCUAACAGCAGUAUAGUUUAACAACUUGACGACUGGGUGUUUCACCCAGUGACAUCAGAAAACGGGAGGAUAUUUGUACCUGAGGAACUAUUUGCAUUAUGUGAGGGGCAUACACGGCAUCCUCUGGACGGAUUUGGGGUGUGGAUGGAUGGUGUGACCCAUUGAAUUAGGGAAGGAAGGAGCAUCCAGUGACCUGAAGAGGCAUGCAGUGUCUGCCUGGUCAUGCUGGGGCCCUGCGGUGUAGACAUCUGUAGUGGCUCACUGGACAGAGCUGGAAACCAUAAAAAUGCUUAGAGGCUCUAGGUGAGGAGAGAGUGCACUUAAGCUGCCAGGGGCGGAGGGGCUUAUCUGACCAGAGGUAUCAUCAGGUUUGUAAACAAGAACAGGUUGCAGAAAAGUCUUCCAGGUGGACAUUCUUUCAUCUCCCUUUAUUGAAUGUGCUGGGUUCCAACAAGGCAACUUUGUGUGCUGCCAAAAGCUGUGGUGUAGGAGCUUUAAACAUACAAAAGGGUUCCAAAACUGUUAGACACAUUUGGCUAGUCUUCGAAGCUUUGUCUCAACUUUCCUGAAGUCCAGAUGAGAGAGCCAACGAUGGGUACUAAAAACCUUCUAGGCAUCCUCUUCCUGACCCUCCUGUUCAACCUCUGCCAAGCUGGGCUGGUCAGAAAAAUUAUUCGGCAUAAACGGGCAACACUGGCAGUCACCAACGGUGACAAUGUGACCCUCCCCAGCAUUGACCAGCCAGUGGUCUUCAAUCAUGUCUAUAACAUCAACGUCCCUGCCUCCCUGUGCUCAGUGGACCUGGAUGCCCCAGGAACCACCAGCCUUGAGUCCAAGGAUGCAUCUCUGCCGCCAGGCCUUAGCACCACCGAACAUACCUUUGAUGGGCAGAACCAGAUUGUUUUCACCCACCGAAUCAACAUUCCACAGCAGGCAUGUGCAUGCACUGAUGGAUACCCAGACAUUAAAGAUCUCCUGAGCAGGUUGGAGAUGCUGGAGGGAGAGGUGUCAACACUGAGGGAUCAGUGCACCACUGGAGACGCUGGCUGCUGCAACGUUCAGCCAGUCACAGGUGAGCUGGGGACCAAGCCUUACUGCAACGGCCGGGGCAACUACAGCACUGACACCUGCAGUUGUAUUUGUGAGCCUGGCUGGAAGGGAUCCAACUGCACCGAGUCAGAGUGCCACAAUGGAUGCCAGGACCAAGGCAGGUGCGUAAACGGGAAGUGUGUCUGCUUCCAGGGCUUCGGUGGGGACGACUGUUCACUUGAGGUUUGCAAACUGGACUGUGGUGAGAACGGACAAUGCUCUGGCGGGGUCUGCGUCUGUGCCAAGGGUUACACUGGAGAGGAUUGCUCUCAUAUGGACUGCCUGGACAACUGUCUGGGCCACGGAAUGUGUGUGGACGGGGAGUGUGUGUGCGAAGAGCCCUGGACGGGUUUCAGCUGCGCCGAACUCAUCUGCCCCAACGACUGCUACGAUCGAGGCCGCUGCGUUAAUGGAACCUGCUACUGUGAAGAAGGUUUUACCGGGCAGGACUGUGGGGAGAAAACCUGCCCCAGCGACUGCAUGGGUCACGGUUUCUGUCUGGAUGGCCAGUGCGUCUGCAGUGCGGGCUACACAGGGGGGGACUGCUCCGAGCUCACCUGCCCCAGUAACUGCAACAACAGAGGUGCCUGUUUCAAUGGCAUGUGUAUCUGUGAUGCUGGCUACCAAGGCGAGGACUGCAGCCAGUUUGCUUGCCCAAACAACUGCCACAACCAGGGACAGUGUGUCGGUGGACGGUGUGUCUGUGACGUGGGCCACCGAGGAGAGGACUGCUCUGAACUUUCCUGCCCCAACAGCUGCCUUGACCGGGGCCACUGCAACAACGGACAAUGUGUGUGCGAUGAAGGGUUCAGUGGGGAGGACUGCAGCAUCAAGACGUGCCCGUCAGAGUGCUACCGCCGCGGAGACUGCACGGACGGCCGGUGUGUAUGCUAUGCCGGCUUCACUGGCGCGGACUGCAGUGAGCUGAGUUGCCCCAACAACUGCCUGAACCGCGGACUCUGUGUUUACGGACAGUGCGUCUGCAAUGAGGGCUUCACAGGGGAGGACUGCGGGGAGAAGAGCUGUCCGAAUGACUGCCUGGGGAGGGGACACUGCACGGAUGGCAAAUGCGUCUGCCCGGACGGCUUCGCGGGCGAUGACUGCUCUGAACUCACAUGCCCUGACAACUGCAACAACAGGGGGCGCUGUGUUAAUGGAAGGUGUAUGUGCGAGGAGGGAUACGUGGGAGACAACUGUGCAGAGCUGAGCUGCCUCAACAAUUGCCAGAACAAGGGCCACUGUGUUCAUGGACAAUGUGUCUGUGAUGAAGGGUACAUUGGACAAGACUGCUCUGAAGUUUCCCCGCCAAAAGACCUGACUGUAAAAGAGGUCACCACAGAGACAGUGGAUCUGACCUGGAACAAUGACAUGCUGGUGACAGAGUAUCUGAUCACUUAUGUUCCCACUGGUACUGGAGGUCUGUAUCAGGAGUUCACUGUGCCCGGUGACAGGUAUGCUGCCACCAUUAGUGAGAUGGAGCCUGGCAUUGAGUAUCAGAUCAACGUCUAUGCCAUCCUCAACAACAAGAAGAGCAUCCCGAUUACUGCCAGGGUGGCAACACAUCUACCAGAGCCAGAAGGCUUGAAGUUCACAUCGGUGAGGGAGACCUCAGUAGAGGUUUUGUGGGAUCCACUGGACAUUCCCUUUGAUGGCUGGGAGCUCUACAUCCGGAACACAAAAGAGGACAAUGGGAAAAUCUUGGCCAGCCUUCCAUCCUCCCAAACAACGUAUGAGCAAUCAGGGCUUGGUCCUGGUCAGGAGUAUGAGGUUUCCUUGGGAAUUAUCAAGAACACUACCAAGGGUCCUCAGGCUUCUAAAAUCAUAACUACAAGGAUUGAUGGGCCCAGAAUGGUAGAGGUUCGUGAUAUCACAGACGUCUCAGGCUUGGUCACCUGGUUUCAUCCUGUGGCCAAAGUGGAUGGUGUGACCAUAACCUAUGGCCCUAGCUCCAACCCCACAGAGAGGACAACUGUGGACAUGUCCACCACAGACAAACAAUACAGCAUCGAAAACCUCCGUCCAGACACUGUGUACCAGGUGUCCCUCUACUCCAGGAGGGGAGACAUUACCAGUGACCCAGUCAAUGAGAUAUUCACAACAGACCUGGAUGCCCCCAAGGACCUGCAGCCGCUGGGCCAGACUGACGACAGCGUCACCCUGGAGUGGAAAAACAGUCAGGCAGACGUUAACAGCUAUAGAGUGAAGUACAAUCCCAUCUCUGGGGGUUCUCAUGGUGAGGAGGUAUUCCCCCGUGGAUCAGGAGACAACACUCAGGCAACAAUCACUGGGCUAAAGCCAGGUACCGAGUAUGGAAUUGGUGUAACUGCUGUUAAAAAUGAGAGAGAGAGCCUACCUGCCACCACAAAUGCAGCAACUGAUCUUGAUGGGCCCAAGGACUUUGAAGUUAGCGAGUCCACAGAGACCAGCAUGGUGCUGGUGUGGAGGAGACCCCGGGCCAAGUUCAAUGUCUACAGGCUGGUGUACGUCUCCAGGGAUGGUCGGAGGGAGGAGGUGGAGGUCCCAGCAAAAGCCACCACCCACACACUGACCAACCUGACCCCCGGCAUGCUUUACACUAUCACUCUGGUCACUGAGAGGGGCUCAAAAAAGAGCCAACCUGCCAACCUGUCUGCAUCCACAGCCUCUUUCACAUUUUACUUAGCAGACCUGGUCCCUGAGCUUACCACUCCUCUAGCCUCGGAGGACAAUGUCAUUAGUUUCGUAUCAUUAGAUGCCUCUGAUUCAGACCAGCAGAUCUCAGGGAUGGGGCUUAAGCUCAAGGAUGGGCUGAGAGAGCUGAACAUCUCCAAUGUAACAUCCGAAGGAUUUGAACUAUCAUGGAAAUCAAGCGCACAUUUUGCCUAUGAUAGUUAUGUUUUAGAAUGUAGAGAUACAUUGGGCUUAUGGGAUGUUAAAGAGGUCCAUCUCCACGGAGAUGCCACAGGUUCUAAAAUCCAAGGCCUGAGGGAAUCCACAAAGUAUCGUGUAAAGCUUUACGGAAUAAUCAAUAGCCAAAGAUCGACGCCGCUUGAAGCAGUUGCCAUUACAGCACCCAAGUCGACCACUCCCGAUGUAGGGUUACUAAGUGUCAAAAGUGCACUGACGACACAGUCUCCUGACACAGGAACUGUGCACCCGACAGUCCUUUCCCUGGGGCCCACACCUCUGUCCUCCAUGGUGGACCUGCCUUCUGAGGUAGAACCCGAACCAGAGUCCUCCAGCUCUAACCUGGAGACACAAGCGCACCUCAAUAUUACAGGUGUGAGUCCCACUAGCAUGAGGCUAGCUUGGUCCGUCCCAGAUAAAGCCUUUGAUAGCUUUUCUGUGGAGGUGGAUGCUCUGUCAGGGAUGGCCCAAGCUCAUGUGUCCACGGUACCAGGAAGUGCCAGAAAGGCCCAAAUAGAAGGCCUGUCCCCUGGGACACAAUAUAAGGUUUUAUUGUAUGGGAAGGUGAAGGGGGAGCAGUUACUGCCUCUACGUGCUUUUGCCAAAACAGAGGAGCUGAGGCCUGUGGUGGCCAACCUCACAGUCUCUGACGUGACAUGGGACAGCUUCAAUGUGUCCUGGACUCCCAAGGAUGGGAAAUUUGAGAGCUUUGUCAUUGAGGUGACAAACUCAGAGGGAGGUCAAGAAAACGAGAAUCUCACACUGUCCGGUGAUGCCUUCAGCCUUGGCAUUUCUGGCCUGAGUCCUAACACUUCAUAUAGGAUUGGCCUAUAUGGGCUCCACCAGGGCUCCUUCCAAGAGCCUGUGUAUACCCAAGUCACUACAGUGAGCGAGCCCGUGGUUGGCAAUCUGUAUGUAUCUAACGUAACGUCAGAGAGUUUCUCCAUCUCCUGGAAUGGCACAGAGGGAGAGUUUGACAUUUAUGUCCUGGAGAUAAUUGAUUCUGAAUGGCUGAGGGAGCCAGAGGAAUAUAACAUAUCCCAGAAUGUAAGGUUCCAUGAGAUCACAGGGCUAAGACCCAGCACUGACUAUAUAGUCUACCUCACUGGGAUGGUCAAGGGAUCCCGAACCCACGCUAUCAGUAUUGUAGCAUCAACAGCUGCGGAGCCUGAUUUGUCCAGGCUAGUUGUUUCAAAUGUUACCUCAGACAGGCUGUCACUGUCGUGGAAGACUGGCGAAAACAUUUUUGAUAAUUUUGUCGUAGAGGUCAGAGAGUCUGCUUUGCCCUCGCAGGCCAUGGGCCUCACCCUGCCCGGAGCGGCGCGCUCCACAGUUAUUACUGGGCUUAAAGGGAACACCACCUACGACAUCAAACUGUAUACCAGUACUGCUGGACAGAACACACAGCCCCUAUUUGCUGUAGCCACCACAGAGGCUGUCCCACAGUUGGGCUCAAUAGCUGUGUCUGAUUCUAGCCCUCACAACAUCACCCUGUCCUGGGGCACAGUGGCCGGUCACUUUGAUGGCUUUGUCAUUCGGGUUGGUGACCCUGAACAACUGUUUGAUACACUGGAGUUCACAGCGUCUGGAGAGGUCCGUAACAUUACUGUUACUGGCCUGGCGGACGAAACUGCCUAUAACAUUGAGCUGUACGGUAUUUCUCAUGGGCACCGCACCCCUUCUCUUUUAGCCCAUGCAGUAACAGCAUCAUUACCCAAAGUGGAAAACUUGACAAUUUCGAAGAUCACCCCAUUCAGCUUCCGUGUGUCCUGGGAGGCGAGUCAUCCUAAACAACAGGAAGGGGCUCCCUCUACUGGUGGCUUCAGCCACUUUCACAUAGUGGUGUCAGACUCAGGCUGGCUACUGGAGCCCCAGGAGUUCACUGUCCCUGGCAACCAGAGCUUCCUGGACAUCUGGGGCCUGAUCACUGGCAUAGGCUAUGUGGUCAAACUGACUGGAGUGUCCAGUUCUGGGCUGGCCUCCCGCACACUGACUACAGUGACUGUGACAGAGGCUGAGCCAGAAGUGGAGCACAUGUUCGUCUCCGACAUCACGUCAGACAGUUUCCGCCUGGCCUGGACAGCGGAUGAUGACAUGUUUGAUAGAUUUGUGAUUAAAAUUAGGGACUCCGCUAAGUUCGUGCAUCCACAAGAAUUUAACGUCCUCGGUAAUGAGCGCACCAAGGUUUUAAAGGGACUCACCGGAGGUACUGAGUACGAAAUUGAGCUGUACGGUGUUACAUUGGAACAGCGCUCCCAACCAAUUACCGCUGUUGCUCGAACAGGCCUGGGCGCUCCAAGGGGCAUCUACUUCUCUGAGGUGACAGAGUCCUCUGCGAUAGUCCACUGGACCAUGCCUCCUGCCAGAGUGGGCCGCUAUCGUAUCACGUAUGUGCCUCUCCAAGGUGCAGGUAUCCCAAUGACAGUGCUCGCAGAUGGGACUGAGACCCAGGCUUUACUGCCCAAUAUGUUGCCAGGAGUGACAUACCGGGUGACCCUCUUUGCUGCGAAGGGCCUGGAGGAGAGUGACCCAGCGACAGACACUAUAACCACAGCUCUGGACAAGCCUCAGGGUCUUUCUGCUGUCAACGUCACUGAGACAACCGCCCAACUGCUAUGGCAACCCAGUGUGUCUUUUGUCGAUGGCUACGUCAUCACCUACAGUGCAGAUUCAGCUCCCCCAGUGAUAAAACAUGUUUCUGGGGACACAGUGGAGAUUGAGAUGGGCUCCCUGGUCCCUGCCACCCACUACACAGUUGAAAUGUACGCCACAAAGGAGGCACUGAAGAGUGGCACCGCCACCACAGCAUUUACCACAGAUAUCGAUCCUCCCCGUGACCUGGAGGCCAGUAAUGUCCAGACAGACAGUGCCACUCUGACCUGGAAGCCCCCACAUGCCGCAAUCAUAGGAUACGUCCUCACAUUCAGCUCAGCCGAUGGCAUGGUCAGGGAAGUGGUCAUGAGCCCUACAGCCACAUCAUACAGCAUGACUCAGCUUAGUAGCUCUACUGAGUACAGUGUCAGUCUACAGGCCAUAUCUGGAGACAAACGGAGCAACCACAUCACCACUGUUUUUACCACCACUGGAGUGCUGUACAGAUUCCCUACGGACUGCGCGCAGAUUCUGCUCAAUGGAGACACCAUCACGGGCAUCUACACCAUCUUCUUGGCAGGAGAUGAGAGUUCCCCCAUCCAGGUCUAUUGUGACAUGACCACAGAUGGAGGAGGAUGGCUGGUGUUGCUGAGGCGCCAGAAUGGAAAUCUAGAGUUCUUCAGGAACUGGAAGAACUACACCAUUGGCUUUGGGGACAUGGAUAAUGAAUUCUGGCUCGGCCUGGCCAAUCUACACAAGAUAACGGCAGCAGACCAGUACGAGCUACGGGUCGACCUGAGUGACAAUGGGGAGUCGGCCUACGCUCAGUAUGAUAAGUUCACCAUUGCAGAGCCCCGCAGCCGCUACAAGAUGCACGUGGGCGGGUAUAGUGGCACAGCAGGUGAUUCUAUGACCUAUCACCAGGGCCGGCCCUUCUCCACUUAUGACAAUGACAAUGACAUUGCCGUCACCAACUGUGCCCUGUCAUAUAAGGGUGCCUUCUGGUACAAGAACUGCCACCGUGUCAACUUAAUGGGUCGAUAUGGUGACAAUAGUCACAGCAAGGGUAUUAAUUGGUUUCACUGGAAAGGGCAUGAGCACUCAAUCCAGUUUGCCGAGAUGAAGAUUAGACCUGUUAACUUCAGCAACUUUGAAAGCAGACGGAAAAGAUCAUAGACAUUUUUCUGCGCAACUACUGCACCCCCACCUGUCCCAUCUCCACCAUCCCCCACCUUUGUCAAACCUCCUGCCAAGACUUUCCAGCACAACAAUCCAGGGGAUUCUCUUCUCGACACUCCUUUGAGUCUAAUUCUUCAGUUCAAACCAGGAUCAUUGACCUUGCCAGCUACCUUUGAUAAACUACUAUAAAUAACAGUUUGUUUUCUAAUUGAUGUGUUUUUGGUUGUUGAGUUAAUAAGACCAUGCAGAUGUCAAGCAUAUCCAUCUAAUAUAGAAAACAAGUUAUAAAAAAAAUAUUUAGGCAAAUAGCAUGGCUAACCGGCUUGUUAAGAUACCCCUCAGGACAAUCAUUUUCCUGAGCGUGUUUUCAUCCAACUAGCUAUCAAUGUCAGGAUAGAUAUGUUUCACCAAAUAUAGAACAAUCUGAUCAGUGAAAAGAAUGGAGGGAUUUCUUUUCUAGUUACUUUUACAUGUUUUAUUGCAAAUAUGUUUGGUGGAGAUUUUUUAUUUGGUUUCAAUGGACAUUUUUGUGUGUUUGAUUUGUUUUAUGGUUUGUGUUAAUUGGAAAAUGUAUAUGCCAAAUAUACUGUAUGUCCAAAGAUAUUUUAAUAUGCCUGUUGAGAAUAAGGCACUUUGAUUAUGAAAUGUGAAGCAAGGAAAAUAAAUGUAAUUUACUUAGAUUUCUAGGAAAAUAUUAAAAAGAGUCCUACUCCAACUUUUCAUUUAGUAACUUGUCAGAGGCACAUUGUAAUAAUAACGUGGCUUGAUGCCAUAUAUCUCAGUCUUCCUGAAGACUUUGAGGAACAGGGGGAAAUAAAGCUAUGGGUGAACAGUG